CUUAAACUCUCAAACCCAACCUUGUGGAAUACAUAGGCAGCCAUCCUCGCCUUUGAAGUCAUGCUAUAGCAUCGUCAUCUCUUCCUAGAAAAUAACAUCUUCUGCAGCCCAAUUUCUCCCUCUAUCCAGAAACCAAGACUCUUGCCGCCAGCGAUCCUGCCUCGGUCUCGCACGGGCAUCGGCAGCGCGACAUGGAGGCCCCGGUCGAAAAAGAAAAAGAGCAUGAGCGCACGGCUCACAUCGACAUCGUCGACGACAGGCCGUCUCCCCAGGUCGAUGGCGAGCCCAGCCCGUCUCUCAAGGACAGCAAAGGCUGGGAUGGCAAGCUCCGCAUUCCCAAGUCGGCGCUCAUGACCAACCCGGAGGCGCUGUCAGACCCGGAAUACUCAGACGACAGCAAUGUGCUGCACGGCGAGGAGAUCCGAGCAGACGAGAAUUUGCUCGACAGCGAAGCCUCCGAUACCGAGGAGAUCAUGGCCACGCACUCUCGCAUCGCGUCAAUACCUGCUCUAAAGCUGGAGCGCUUCAAGAACGUGGUCCGCAUCUGCCUCCGACAAAAUGUCAUUCAAGACAUCGAGAGCCUCGACGGCCUUGCUGAUUCCCUGGAAGACCUUGAUUUAUACGACAACUUGAUCGGACAUAUUCGAGGUCUAGACAGCCUGACAAAGCUUACAAGCCUUGACCUCAGCUUCAACAAGAUCAAACACAUCAAGCACAUCAAUCAUCUAAAGGAGCUCAAGGAGCUGUUCCUGGUCGCCAACAAAAUCAGCAAGAUCGAAGGCCUUGAAGGGCUUGAUAAUCUGAGGUCUCUAGAACUCGGCUCGAACCGUAUUCGAGAGAUACAGAAUCUUGACAGCCUUAAAAACCUAGAAGAGCUGUGGUUGGCGAAGAACAAGAUCACGGACCUGGCGGGGCUUGGCGGGCUUCCCAAGCUGCGUCUCCUUAGCAUUCAGUCCAACCGCAUCCGAGACCUGUCUCCCCUGAAGGAGGUGCCCGGGUUGGAGGAACUCUACAUUGCCCACAACGCUCUCGAAUCUCUUGAAGGCAUUGAGAACAAUGUCAAUCUCAAGACACUCGAGAUAUCCAACAACCAGAUUACCAGUCUCAAAGGUGUGGGCCCUCUCAAAGACCUUGAAGAGGUGUGGGCUAGUUACAACCAAAUUGCGGACUUUGCCGACGUCGAGAGGGAGUUGAAAGACAAAGAAGACUUGACGACUGUGUAUUUUGAGGGAAAUCCUCUUCAACUUCGUGGCCCCGCUCUAUACAGGAACAAGGUUCGGCUGGCACUGCCGCAAGUCAAGCAGAUUGAUGCUACAUUUGUGAGAGUUUAGGGUGAGGCUCACCCUGCCAAUUGGAGUAUAUGAUAAUGGCGGAACGGACUAUUCUGGGGGAAUCUUGACGGCGUUUUAUCGGACUAUUUGAUAUGUGAUAGCAUCGUUCGCUAGAAUAAUGCAGACACCUGUGCCCCAUUGAUUUGAAUCAUCAUGGGGUAAGAUUUGUCUGUUGGAAGAAACAAAACCUUUUAUCAGCUCUUGUGGUAUGAAAUAUUCUGAUGAUUAUUUUCCAUUACACACUGACUACGCAGCUUUUCUUUACAAGGCUGAAGAAAAAUGAAAGGGCCUCAAGACUACACUGACAACGGAUAUUUACUGGCAGAAAGAACGCUUUUUAUUAUUUUGUUUAUUUGACCCCCGCUUAAUUUAACCAAAGAGGAACAGCUUGUCGGCAGAGAAGUAGUUUGUGGGCUUGUUGAAUCGGAUGUUCAAAUCCAUCUCUGCAAUCUUUUCCAAGUCGCUGGACUCCAGAUCAAAGGUGGUCGAGUCCAGGUUCUGAGCCAGGACUUCCGGUCGAGAAGUCUUGGGGAUGACGGCCAGGCCGCGCUGGGUGGCCCAUCGAAGGAGGACCUGGGCGGGGGUCUUCUUGUGCUUGGCAGCAAUCUCCUUGAUGAGGGCAUGCUCCAUCAGGGGAGCGGCGCUCUUUGCACGAGGCAUAUCAAGCUCCAUGAAUCCAGUGGGGCCGAAAGAAGAGUAGGCUGUGACGACAAUGCCCUCCUUCUGAGCAAGGUUGACGAGGUCGGGCUGUUGAAGGUAGGGGUGGUGCUCAAUCUGCAGCGUAGCAGGGCGAAUCUUGGCGUAGAUGAGGGCAUCGUACACAGACUGGGCCUGGUAGUUGGAGAUACCGAUGCUUCGGGCAAGCUUCUUCUCUACCAGCUUCUCCAUGGCACCCCAGGUCUGCUGAAGGGUGGUCUUGCUCCAUCGGACCUCGCUCUCGCCGUCAUAGAACCAUCCUGGCGGGUAACGGACCUUGGGGUCAACGUACUCGAGGGCAGCGGGGAAGUGGAUGAGGAAGAGGUCAAAGUAGUCAAUCUGCCAGUCGGCAAGCUGCUUGCGGGUGAUGGGCUCGACCUUGUCCUCAUCGUGGAAAGUCUGCCACAGCUUGGAGACAAUGAAGAGCUCCUCACGCUUCACAAGACCCUCCUUGAUGGCGCGGGCAACACCCUCACCACACUCCUUCUCAUUGCCAUAAUCGCAUGCGCCGUCAAACAGACGGUAACCAGCCUUGAUGGCGUUGUAAACGGUAUCUGCUGCAGUUGCCUGGUCGACCUUCCAGAGGCCAAAGCCCACCUGGGGCAUCUCAUAUCCGCUGUUGAGCUUGAGUGUGGGCGCCAUCUUGUCUGCUAGUCUGCCUUGGGUCGAGAAACAGCGAUAAGUCUUGUUAACCGUUGAGGUGUUGGAUGAGAUGGACAAACGAGACAAGAGGAAAGAAGGUUGUGGUUGUCGGGGCUUAUUUAUGGACAAGACCCGAACUCCACACGAGAGGAGGCUCGCUCGGUGCCUCAUGGCUGGGAUCCUCUUAUUAGCAGCCGCAGCCUUGUUAUCUCACUAGGCCGAGUCGUUUUCUCCUCUCCAGCACAGU